UCACCAGAAGUUAUGAGUUUUGCUGUCAAUACCGGUUCUGGCAAGGGUCGUGGUCGCUUUGAUAAACCAGACAAAUCUCAUCUCUCUUGUACUCACUGCAAGAAAUCUGGCCAUGACGUAUCUCAAUGCUUCGAAAUACAUGGCUAUCCAGAUUGGUAUGAGAAUCGUGGCAACAACGCGCGUGGAGGACGCAGUGGACGGGGUAGAGGUGUUCCCCGUGCCAAUGCCACUUUAACCAAAAAGCCCACUGACAGCUGUGGAGUUCCCUCAUCUCAUUUAUUCUCACCGGACCAAUGGAAGGCAUUAACAGGGCUAAUUAGUGGUACAAAGGUUUCUGAUGAUCAAUUGACUGGACCAAUCGAGGGAGCUGAUUGGAACGGGUGUUAGACGGGAUGGACUUUACUACUUCAAGGGAACCGAAUCAGUGCAACAUCUUACAGUAAAUGGUGUGACCACUUCAAUCAAUCUUUGGCAUCAACGA